AUGACGCUGGUAACAGAUCCUGACAGAAUACGAGCUGUUUUCAAGAAGUACAGCACAGACUCUACAUACCUUACUCGUAAACAAUACAAGGUAGCCGCUCUUGCUAUAUCCGGCUACAAACCCUCUAAAAGCAUGGUGGAGAGACUGUAUCGAGAUAUGGAGGUGGGUGAUACCUUGGAUAUAGACACUUUCACCAGGAUACAACUGGAACAAGCUAAACUAAGGAGUACUUCAGAAACACUGAAACAGAUCUUCCAGUCAUUUGACUGGUCUUGUAACGGGUUCAUAUCUAAAAGUGACUUUCUGAGGGCAGUGAGAGAGGUGAUGCCUAACUACUCCACUGCUGAGGACGUGUUUGAUAAAGCAGAUUGGGACCAGGAUGGGAGGAUUAGUUGGAGAGACUUUGUUUCUCUCAUGGGUGUCACGUGA